AUGGAGAAGAACAACACUUACCUCAGCAGUCUUACAGGUAACCCUCUGCCAGAGAACAUCAAACCACAGAAUGGGGCCCCCAACCAGACUGUUCUCCACACACGAGAUGAAGAGCUUGCCAAGGCUGAGAUUGGUGUUUUGGCUGCAAUUCUGGUGGUGACGAUGGUGGGAAACCUGGGUGUUCUUCUGGCCAUGUACCGGUUAAGGAAGAAGAUGAGCCGGAUGCACCUUUUCAUCCUACAUCUGGGCUUGACUGACCUCGGGGUAGCCCUCUUUCAGGUGCUUCCCCAGAUGAUUUGGGAGGUGACCUAUCGCUUCCAGGGGCCUGAUCUACUGUGCCGAGUUAUCAAGUACCUGCAAGUGCUGAGCAUGUUUGCCUCCACCUACAUGCUCAUUGCCAUGACGGUAGACCGCUACAUGGCCGUGUGCCACCCACUGCGUACCCUCCAGCAGCCCAGCUGCCAGGCCUACCUGAUGAUCGGGGCCACUUGGCUGCUCAGCUGCUUAUUCAGUCUGCCUCAGCUCUUCAUCUUCUCAGUAACGGAGGUGCGUCAAGGCUCUGGGGUGCUGGACUGCUGGGCAGAUUUCAAGUACCCCUGGGGCGCUAAGGCCUACGUCACAUGGAUGACGUUGUCUGUCUUUGUGCUGCCAGUGGCCAUCCUCAUGGUGUGCUACGGCCUCAUCUGCCAUAAGAUCUGCAAGAACCUCCAAGGUAAGACCCAAAGUGGCGGGGCCUGUGCCACUGCUGCCAUCUCCUAUGCAGUCACAGCCCAGAAGGGAGCUGUGGAGUGCCCUUCCGGCUCCCGGGUCAGCAGCGUGCGCACCAUCUCCCGUGCAAAGAUCCGCACCGUGAAGAUGACCUUUGUCAUAGUGCUGGCCUAUGUCGCCUGCUGGGCACCCUUCUUCAGUGUGCAGAUGUGGUCGGUGUGGGACAAGAAUGCACCAAAUGAUGAGUCCAGCAAUGUGACCUUUACCAUCACCAUGUUGUUGGCCAGCCUCAGCAGCUGCUGCAACCCCUGGAUUUAUAUGUUCUUUAGUGGGCAUCUCUUGCAGGAUAUCCUGCACUUUUUCUCCUGUUGUGGGAGGCUCCCCUCCAAUCUCAAGAGGCAGUUCUCCAAUGGGAGCCUCUGCAGCCGGAAAACCACUAUCUUGACUCACAGUCCCCAGAGCACCUCGGCAGCUGCUGGUGUCAGGAUGCAGAUGCAGCUGGGAAGUUUGAAAGAUUGCUACCAGCCCUAUGAGGACACAGUGACUGAUUCUGGGGUACUCUGA